AUGUGGGUUAAAAACUUAAGUCUUUUAUUUGCAGUUGCAACCACCGUUGCUGCUGCAUCUUCUUCUGGGGUUACUUCCGCUCCAGACGCAACCUCCUCAACAACCAACCCAUACGCCACUUACCCAACCGUGGCUAGAACUGCUUCCAUCAACGGUUUUGCGGACAAGAUCUACGAUGAAUUGCCAAGCUGUGCUCAACCGUGUGUUAAGCAGGACACUAGCAUUACCCCAUGUCCAUAUUGGGAUACAGGAUGUUUGUGUGUAAUGUCUAAUUUUGCUAAUUUAAUAGCUGAGUGUGUGGCUUCAUCUUGCAGUGGUUCUGAUGUCGUGUCUAUGACUUCCUUGGCUACAAGUAUCUGCUCAUCUGCGGGUCUUGAUGAUCCAUCCUGGUAUAUUGGUACUGCUGCUGCUGCUAAUUUGGCUGCUGCUGCUGCUGCC